UCGACACUGUUGUGACAUUAACGAGGACGCUUAUUCUUGAGAGCGUGUGGCGUUCUAUGAUUCUAUGAUCUAUCGAAGACUUCAGUGGUCAAUAGCGGGUGUGGGUGUGUAGCCACCCACUUGACUUGAGCUGCGACCUUCACAGAUGAUAAGUGCAGAACCCAUCUCUCUCUCUCUCUCUCUCUCUCUCUCUCGUGCAGUCUACAUACCGACAGACACCAUGUCUGCAGCGACCUCCGAAGACACUCCUAGUCCAAGCAGUUCCAAGGUGCACAUUCUGGUCUUUCCUUACCCAGCCCAAGGCCACAUGCUCCCACUCCUUGAUCUCACCCACCAACUCUCCCUCCGGGAACUUUCCAUCACCAUUUUGGUCACCCCUAAGAACCUCCCUACCCUGGCCCCUCUCCUCUCCGCCCACCCCUCCAUUCAUACCUUAAUUCUCCCCUUCCCUCCCCACCCUAAACUACCCCCAGGCGUCGAGAACGUCAGGGACAUCGGCAACGCCGGUAACUUACCCAUCAUCGGCGCCUUGGGCAUGCUGUACGACCCGCUUCUCCGCUGGUUCCAGUCCCACCCUUCUCCUCCCGUCGCCAUCCUCUCCGACUUCUUCCUCGGCUGGACCCUCCGCCUCGCUCAGCAGCUGCGCAUCCCCAGGAUCGCUUUCUUCUCGUCCGGUUCCUUUUUGGCAUCCGUCAUUGACUACUGUUGGCGCAACGUACGAACCGUUCCUUCUCUAUCGAUUGUUCACUUUCCCGAUCUUCCCCGGUCUCCGUCCUUCAAGCAGGAGCAUCUGCCCUCAGUGUUCCGCUUCUACAGAGAAUCCAACCCCGAGACGGAGUUCCUGAAGGAUGGCAUGCUCGCAAAUACCUCGAGUUGGGGUUGCAUCUUCAACAGCUUCGAAGACUUAGAAGGCCAGCACCUGGAUCACCUCAGGACCGUCAUGGGGCACCCGCGCGUCUUCGGUGUUGGCCCUUUGAGCUUAAGGGGAGUCAACGACAGAGCUGAUCGGGGCAACCCGAACCCAGAUUCAGAUACCCAUACGCUCACGUGGCUUGAUGGGUGCCCCGACGGAUCCGUUCUUUACGUCUGCUUUGGAAGCCAGAAGCUGCUGAAUAAACAGCAGAUGGAGGCCUUGGCUUCGGGGCUCCAAAAGAGCGGGACCAGAUUCGUCUGGGUAGUGAAAGCGGGCACGAUAGAACAGGUGGCGGACGGGUACGGCGUCGUUCCGGAUGGAUUCGAGAAAGGCGUGGCAGGAAGGGGUUUGAUAAUAAAGGGAUGGGCAGCGCAGGUAAAGAUACUGAGUCACAGAGCAGUGGGAGGGUUUCUGAGUCACUGCGGGUGGAACUCGGUACUGGAAGGGAUAGUUGGGGGGGCGAUGAUCCUGGGAUGGCCCAUGGAGGCGGACCAGUACGUGAACGCGAGGAUACUGGUGGAGGACAUGGGCGUGGCGGUGAGGGUAUGCGAGGGAGUGGACUCGGUGCCUGACCCGGCCGAGUUGGGAAGGGUGAUUGCGGAGUCAAUGAGCGGGGAUAGCACUGAAAAGGCAAGGGCUAGGGUGCUGAGGGAGAAGGCGUUUGAAGCAGUGGGGGAUGGAGGGAGCUCUUCCAGGGAUUUCGAUCGUCUUGUCAAAGAGUUAAGCCAGCUGUAGCAUUUUCCUACAA